GGUAUCUACACAGAAAUUCAGCUUUUGGAUCUGGAGGAUCUCAACCACCAUCUUCCAUUGGUUGCAUACACAGUGGCAGGGAAGAAUCUGGUGACGCCAAAAGUGUGCCUGCUCCAUUGAUGUCACACAAAAUGGCUGGAUUGUUGCUGUUGGUGAAAAUCUCCCCCAAAAUGACUCGCAAACUUGCUCUUGCUGAAGUUCCUGAAUCUGUUGAACACUUGGAGAACAGCCUUCGUGAAAAACUGCAACUUCAAGGCAGCUUCACAAUCCAGUAUGAGGACCCAGACUUUAAUAAUGCCCUCUGUAACUUGAUGGAUAUUCAUGAGCUGCCACCUGAACGUGCCGUCUUGCAUAUUCUUUGGGAGGAGUCAUCUGAGCAUCCUCAUAAAGAGUCUGACGCACUUGUUUCAGGGUCUUCCCUUGACACACCCAGUACAUCUACUGGAGGUGCAUUCCAAAAUCCAUCAGCUUUUAUUAGGAGCUAUUUGCGUAGUGUAUCUGAGUGGCCUUCACCAUUUACCAUUCCAGCCUUUUCAUAUGAUGUGGAAUUGAAACUGCGUAAAGGGAACGACGAAUACGAAAACACAAAGAAAGUUGUAAGCAUAACUAGAGACAUGAAGAUGGACAUUUUGGACAAGAUUGCUCAGGCUGUUUUUGAGGUAAAAGCCUAUCCUGACCAAGACCAGAUUGAAUCAGUAGCUUCUGCUCUGGUCACCAAACACCCCUGUCUUCAAGAACCAGGCAGUGGAUCAGGUUAUGAUGGAUGGAAGAUGAGCAUUAAAUACAAACUUGGUAAUUAUAGGUCCAAACUACGUCAGGCAGGCUGUAAUGAAGUCAGCAUAAACCGCAAAAGAAAAAGCAAUGAAGAUGUUGACACAAAUUCUUCUUUGAAGAGAGCAAAACGUGGAGAAAUAAACUAUGUCCCGGACUAUCCAGAUAGUCAUAGUGAUGACUCUUUGGAAGAGGAAAGACUGGCUCUACUCGAGGAGUCACAAAAGAGAAGGAUGGAUCCUGUGCUCAUAAAACAAAAGAUGGAGCUGACGUUCUCCCUGAGGCGGAAGGAGAUUGUGGAGGUGGAGCCAAUGGUGACAGAGGUUAUGGAACGGUGGCCUGCUUUGUUUAAUGAGGCAGAGAUCAGGGAAGAGUUCCAUCGAAUCACCAACAAGGACCUGAUGGACAGCUUCAGAGCAGGCCUAAAUCAGCACACAUCCAGGCUUCUUCAACUCUAUCGGGCUAAGAGGACAACUUUCCCUGCUGAGAUGGAUCAACUCCUCAACAGGCUGGAUGAGGAGACUUCUGACAUCACAAUGCAUCGCCAAACCACUGCUUUGAAGGGGCUCCCUUUUUAUCUUCGUGACAGUCAUGAGAAACUCUUCAGGAGCUGCCUUGAUACUGACCCAGAGGAGGAGCAGACAAGAGGUCUCUCUGUGGGUAUCCUCACUGUGCUGGAGGAUGACGGUACUUCACCUGCUGUAAAUGUGAUGAACCUUGCUGUGGUUGUUGAAGAAACAAUCAUCCUUCAGGAUCUCCCAGAUCUGCCAACGGCUUUUGGCUUUGUCUUUGGGUUGAUCUAUGUCUUAAACCUCCAAUACCCAAAAGAUCUCAGGUACACCUUUGAAACGGUUCAGAAAAUCUUUAUGGGACUUGGGACAGAUCUGUCGGCAAGGGUAAGAUCCCUCAAAAACAGGCUUUUUCUAUGAAUCCUAUAUGGUAGCUGUUGGAUGUACCUUACCUUUUUUUUCUUUAAUGUCUUGCAGUUUUUUUCACUUUUGUGCUUACUUAAAUUUAGAGCUCAAGUCACUGUUUCCACUGUUGCCACUUUAAUAAAAACAGUUUUAUACAGAAAAAAAUAUUAUAUAAAUUUUUAUUUGUAAUGCUAUGCUAGAUAUGUUUAUGUUUUACUGGAGUUUCUUUUAAAAUGUCUGAUACAAGGUCAGCAUUUUGUUUGUUCCUGUUCAGCCAGUUAUUCUGGAGUUGGGCUACUCAACCAGGUACAUGCCAGGGUCUUGUAAUUGUACAUUAAAGUGCAUAAGUUUAAAAUAAUUUAGUCUUACAGCUGGUCUCACAGCUAGAUGUGUUGGGCUUCCUACAGUUGUAGUUCAGCUUUUUCAGCUGGUUCUGUAUCAAACAGAUAAUGUUUUAAUACCAAUAUUGUCCGUCAAGAUAAGUUUUAUGCUCCAUACCUUAACUUGUGUAGUGUUUUACUAAGCAUUCUGUUUUUGGUAAGUGUUACACAUGGUGUUUAACAUGAUGUGACAAAAGUUCAAAAUAAAAACACUUGUGUCAUCGGCA